AUGAAGUAGGAUCAAGAUGUUACAUCAUUGUUGUUGAUUGAUGUUAAUCGUGUAAUUUACCCUCCCAAACCCAGCAUAUGAUAAUUCAGGUUAACAUUUCAUGUAAUGUUGUUAAAUGAUGUUAUAGAUUGAUGUUAAACAUGUUAUCUAUUUUAUUACUAUUAGUAGAUGGUUAGUGUUAGUAAGUCAAUGUUUCACAAAUACAAUGUAGUAGUUAUAGUUACAGUUAGAGUGAAUAACCACUGCAACCUAUGCGGGAGAGCCAUGUUUACACCAAGCUUGGCAUCAAACACACGAGGGCACCAGUAUAAGUAUCAAAUCCAAAAAGCUACGGGCCCGAGGGCACACUUCUUUCCCACACGAGUUACCCCAGCAUGGAAUAAACUCUCACAGAGCACAGUGAAUAGCAAGUCAGUAAAAGAGUUCAAGACAAGACUGGGGCAGGAAUGGGGACUGCACCCAGACAGACAUGAGUACCACUUCUCUUACUGAUGCUACCACCGCCACAACUAGGACAGCCUUAUUACCCGCAAGGGUAUCGACUGGCUGUGGUUCAAGGUAAAGAUUCAAGUUCGACACAACCUUACUGCACAGUAAACCUUACCAGUCUGAAGACCGGAGAACAGGCUCACUCCAUUGGCUUCAAGUCACAAGUAUAUGACAUCCAUUUUAACAAAAGGAUCGUAGUAAUCGCACUUCAGGAGAAGGUCGCAGCUUUCGAUGCCAGCACAUUCCAACAUAGGUUCUGGAUAACAAGUUGCUUCCCUUGCCCUGGUCCUCAUACGAAUCCGCUUGCCCUGGGAACGAGAUGGCUGGCCUAUGCAGACAAAAAGUUGGUCCCAACGCACCAGAGUCGAGGAGGGAUGACAGGAAACGGGAUCCAGUCAUACGCUGCCACCGUUAUCAGUGCUGCAAAGACGAUUACCAAAGGGCUGUCUAUGUUUGGUGAGACUGUGGGUCGGCUGACAGGUAACAAGGCCCAGGCGCCCUCAGAGGUCAAGAGCACCAGCCCCUCCAAAACAACUCUAAACAGGACAGGGCUGGUUCCUGGUAUCGUCACCAUUGUGGACACACUGGUCGUGGCGGAAGGAGAGCAGGUGAAUGUUCAGGACGACAAUGACGGCUCAGCGUUUGUCGCCCACUUCCCUGCACACAACGGAGAGCCCAUCGCUGCCAUGGAGUUUGACCCUAGCGGGCAGCUGCUGGUCACUGCAGACAUCCUGGGGCACACCUUCCAUGUCUUCAGAAUCCUUCCUCAUCCCUGGAGCUCGUCACAAGGAGCAGUGCAUCACCUGUACUGCUUACAUAGAGGAGACACCACGGCCAAGGUGCAAAAUAUCUCCUACACCCUAGACAGCCGGUGGGUGGCAGUUAGUACCCUGAGGGGAACUACGCACGUCUUCCCUGUCACCACCUAUGGAGGUCCCGUCAGUGUAAGGACACACACCUCAGCGCGGGUGGUGAACAGGGCCAGUCGGUUCCACAAGAGCGCAGGGCUGGAUGAGAUAGAGCAGACCCAGACAGGCAGGCACAGUCCUGUCCCUGGGUCAUCUGGCAGCCCGCAGGCUCCACCCAGUUAUCCCAGCAGCAGCAUCAUCAACAACAACUUGGAGAACUGUCGCCUCCCCCCCUUCCCCCACCCCACAGUCGUCACCCCUGCCGCUCAGAUCAAACAGCCCCUGGUGCUGAGCGGCAUCUCCAGCAGUUCCACCGCAGGGAAGUCGCCGACCCACGGCUCACCUAUCAAGCAGGACAACGUGCUGUGUGUGGCGGCACAGUUUGCCAGCUCUAGGGGCUGGAGGAUGGGCAAUCCAACAGCGUCCAGAGAAAAGGCUGACCCUGGAAAGCCGCUACCUGUCGACUCCCUGUACAUCAUCAGUUGCCAUGGCAACCUGAUGGAGCACGUCCUGGAUCCCCAACCUGUUGACAGCAUACCCAAGAUGGAUGACGCCCCCAUCCAGCUUCUAACCCAACCCCUCGCACAAUGGAACUUAAAAAGGUGUUCGACGUCAGCAGAGCUGAAGCCCCCCCUCCCCAGCAACAGUCCCCUCAUCAUCGCCGCAGACAUUGUGGCUGCAGACAACGCAGCGAGCAUGAGUAACUCCAUGGUGACCAGGUACGACUCCUAUGACAGCCUGUCAUCGGAUCAGAGCAGCCAGGAGGAUGACCACUGGCUUUCUCAGGUUGAGAUGGUGACCCACGCCGGCCCCCACCGCAGGCUGUGGAUGGGUCCGCAGUUCUCCUUCAAGACAUUCCAGACCAACACAGCGGUCCUGUCCUCCAACUCCUCGGCUCUGCUGGGCCAGAGUCCUGACGCUAACACUGUGGAUGUGCUGGCAGAGGAGCUGGAUCUGCAGAGUCUCAGAGUGCAGCCUGUACGGUCCCAGCCCGUCCCCACCCCCCAGUCCGGUAGGACGUCCCACACAGCCCCAGGGUUCGAGCCUCUCGGACAUUCACCCGGCUCCAAUGCUGCGUCCAUGCCUCUUCUCAUAGACUCUGGACCAGGAAGUUUUGACCGAGGCACAAGAGUGGUGGAGAUCUGCGGGAGCUGGCCGGAGUCUGGUCCGAUGAGGGGAGCUGAGGUUCUGGAGGACAGGCUGAGGGAGUCCAUCGCUGACGCCAUGAUCGAGUCUCCUACAAAGGAGAGACCGUCUAUCCAUAGGACAGGUUCAAAUUCCGGUCGCCGUGAGGUUCUUCAACAGGAGGACCAGCUUAGCAGUAGUUCGGGGUCCGGAGGCAGCGCUCCUCGAACCCCGGCCACGUUUGACGCCCGGUCCUCCCCACCCCACUCUAUAGACCACGUGAUGGUCUUUCCUCCCAGCACAGGGUCUCCCGACUGAGGUCCCCUGCAGAUGUAAGAUGCCAGUUGUUACUCCAGCUCCCUGCAGCUAUGUUCCCACAACAGGUGCCUCUUCUUUAGGUGACACCUGCCACACACCUGAGCAGUCACCUGGUGAGCCACCCACACAUCCUACAUCUCCUUCAGGAAUGGAUGUCCCUGGAGACUGUCCACUGUUGCUUUGGACGGGUAACUGUGCAGCCAGGUCCCCUUUGCACUGGACUAUGAUUCCUGGGCAACCAAAACUAAAUUUCUUGAACUAGUUGAACUGUCAUAUCCAACACAAAACUUGGACUCACCCAUAUUUUCCACAGAACAGCUCCAGUUGUUGUCAAGUAAUGAACAAUCCACUGCUGCCGUGACGCCACGUUAUGAAGAUGGGACACAUGACUCAGUGAGCAGUGGAUCAUAUGUUGCUGGAUGGCGCCCACCAUCUCUGUACACGGAUGGUUCUAAAGCUGAAUUUGUUGUCCCUUUAAUUUGAAUUCGUAAUUGGAAUAUGCUGCAAGAUAUAAAAGUAUGAUUUUAAAGACAACAAAACACAGGCUGACAAAUUGUUCUUUACCUAUGAAAUUCGUUGAGAAAUCUGAGAAAUCUUGUGGUUGAAGCCUCUAGAAGAAAGAAGGCGUUAGAUGGGUCACUUAACCCAAGAAGGUUGACUUCUUUAGUUCACAUAGAUAACUGUGUCUUCUACAUGUACAUGUAACUCGUUCUUCCCUCCCAUGGAGAGAGAGACUAAUAGUACAAUUACUCAAACAUUCAGUAUUCUAUUUCAGAGAUUUGAGGGCCUUAUGUUCGUCCUUUGUCAGAUUUUCUUCAGUGUCAAAUCGGCAGAGGAAAACAGUAUUCUAGUUUAAAUCUCACCUGUAUGCAGGAAUCUGCCCUUCCGGUAUACCAUACUGUACUGAAUAGUUUCUACACUAUUGGCCACAUUAAUUUGGUUCGUUGUUCCUUUCAUUUUGUUGAUGAGAAGUUGGAUGAACAAGAUAAAGGCCUUCCUUUUUGACUCCCAGAACAGGGAGGAGCAAAGAAGUCAAUUUUAUGAACAAAGGAUAUCCUCUUUCAAAUUGUGCUGGUGAUUUUUCCCCUUUUCGUUAUAGCAAAGCAUUGUGGCAAUAUGCUGGUGUUGUCAAAGAUGCAAUCUUGCAGUUUCAGAGACUGAUACCAAGGAAUUAACUUGAUGUGGCCAUAGGAAUCAAGAAAUGUGUCCAGUCAGUGUUUUUAUUUAGGCAAUUUCGACAGUAAGUUUUCAAUCGCAGAACUUUAUCCUUGCCAUCAUAGAUAUGAAUUAAAUAUAUCCAGAUUAUAAUGUACAGAAUAAUAUGUGAAGAAUUUGGGAUCAAUGACAUUAGCCCUUGUACUUAGUGAUGAGAUGUGUAGUAAUAUGGAAGAAGUUUUUUAACACACACAAAAAAAUGACAGCAGAUAAUACGAACAUGCACGAACAAUGUAGAACAUCCUUAACAUCAGAAUUUACCAGGCAAACAUAAUAUUUGUACAGAAAUUUCAUAUACCUUUCUGUUCUGUCCAUGUUAUCUAUUAUAUCAGACACAAUGUGUAGAUAACCAAAUGUUGCCUUUUAAAAACGAGUACAAAUGUUUUGUCGGCAUUACUGUGUUACGAAGAACUGUGGAAAACUUUUGUAACUUGUACGGACUUGUAUGGUGUGUAAUGGAAAUGGAAUGAUGCUAUUUAAAGAGAGGCCAAUUAAACUACACCUUACUGGAGUGUGUUAAACAGUAUAAUUCUGAUAGGACGUUCUGCAGUCAGUUUUGUUCGCCGCUUCUGGUACCGACAAGCUCAAACCCUCCUCUAAUUCUGUAGUGCAGGAUCAGAAAAGUUAUUAGAAUUUUAAUCCAAUGAAAUUCUCCUUGGGUAAACUACACCUUACUGGAGCGUGUUAAACAGUUAUAUUCUGAUUGGACGUUCUUCCUUCAGUUUUGUUUGCCGCUUACGGUACCGACAAGCUCUCCCCUCUUCUAAUUCUAUAUUGGAGGAUCAGAAAAGUUAUUGGAAUUUUAAUCCGAUGAAAUUCUCCUUGGGUAAACUACACCUUAUUGGAGUGUGUUAAACAGUAAUAUUCUGAUAGGACGUUCUGCAGUCAGUUUUGUUCACCGCUUCUGGUACCGACAAGCUCUCUCCUCUUCUAAUUCUAUAUUGCAUGAUCAGAAAAGUUAUUGGAAUUUUAAUCCGAUGAACUUGAGUAAACUACACCAAACAGUAUAAUUCUGAUAGGACGUUCGGAAGUCAGUUUUGUUCACUGCUUCUGAUACCAGCAAGCUCUCCUCUCCUCUCCUCUAAUUCUAUAUUGCAGGAUCAGAAUAGUUAUUGGAAUUUUAGUUCGAUGAAAUUCUCCUUGGGUAAAACUACAACCUUACUGGAGCAUGUUAAACAGUAUUAUUCUGAUAGGACGUUCUGCAGGUAGUUUUGUUCGCCACUUCUGGUACCGACAAGCAAACCUCUCCACUAAUUCUAUAUUGCAGGAUCAGAAAAGUUAUUGGAAUUUUAAUCCGAUGAAAUUCCUGGUGGCAGGGAAAGUGCGCCUCUCCAAAUUCAGGGCCAACUUCUCAGGUCACCUCAAUUCAUUUUCAUCACAAACGACUUUCCUGGUCAUAACGAGGUUAGCGCUGCCUGGGUCAAGGGACUGGUGUUUGGCUGGAUGGAUUUACGGAGAAAAUUAGUUAUUAUUUGCCGUAAAUCACGGGACUAUUACAUUUGUCCUUGUCACAGCGCCCCGCCUGCAAUCAGCCGGCGUCGCGACAGCCCCCGCUCUGUUCUCUAUCAUUUGUCGGACAGCUUCUGCUCCCGUUUGACAUUUUGUCGCCAUUUUUGAUGUUAUCGGCCACCCUUUCGCCUCUGAUUAGGGGGUCUCCGACGCGAUCAUUCUAGACUUGAACCCGCAAAUUUGGACUGCCGCUGCGCUGCCUCAAUACGGCUGUUCCAAACCCGGUGUUUUGGGGGCCAUUUUACCCUCACCAGUGUCCAUCAAAUGUCCAAAGCUGUUAAAUGCUGUCAGCUUCCCUUCCAACCCUGUGUUUUUCCCUACCUGAUCAUGACGGCACUUUAGUCGAUUCCCAUCGGACCUUUGUUUGACGUAUCCUGCUGGUUUACCAAACAGUUUUAGUGAAAACAGACUUUUUGUUUCCUACUGUAACUGAAAAUCUCCCCCUCUUUGCUGCCAGACAGAGACACAUUUUUGGUUGAGAAUAUAUGUGUUAUUUCUAUCAACACGUCCAUGCAUGUUUGAUCCUUUCAGACAAGACUUGCCAAUCUAGCCUGUACCGGCUAGCUUAUAUCGGGUUGCAGUUUCGAGGGUAUGAUAAUCUUGCACGAUUCAUAUGCAGCAUACUUGUUAUUGUACGGCUUUACUUUUGUUUCAUGACAUAUUUCCCUGGUGUUAUCAGAAAAAAUUUGGAAGUACAUGAUAUCUAUCCCUUGUUUGUUAUGUCUCUGUCAGUAGUCAGUCACCCCUGGCUGAACUCCUAAAGUUUGAAUAGACUAUUGAACUGUUACAAUAUUACAUGACAAUCAAUACUGGAGCCAAUGGUGGUGCCGGACAUACCAUACGUACAAUGUAUGUCACAGCACGACAUUUUCAAAACUGUAUUCAUGAAAUGCAAGAGACCCUUAAUGUAUUACAAUUACCCACAUAUAUAAACACCCAGUGUUUUACGACCCUAAUUACCAUUUUGUAAAUAUUGAUUCUCAGGAUUGGGUUCUCCGCAGGAAUUGACUGUCAAUUUAGCAUGUCGCAAUUUUGCUACCGUUUCUGUCGGGUAGAUUAUAUGAUAUCGACUGGAAGUUUAACUGUAGCACUUUGGAAUUAGCCGACUCCUCUCUCAUACUAUCUUCAGGAAUUACGGCGUCCAUUCAGACGGCAGUUACGAAAUCCCCCAUUUUACCCGCCAUCUCGCGGCGCUUUCGGAACGAAUCCCCCAAACGACGGUAAUCGCCGCGCGACUAAUGCCCCUCAGCCCGGUUUACACGGUAAAGUGCUACAAUUUUCACCGGAAUCGGGGGAGCCUCCCAACCCACCACCCCCACUUCAUUCGUCUUCAUUUACUUAAGAGUAAUAGCUCAAUAAUUGGGCUUGGGCGGAGAGUGGCGACUGGCAGAGACAGUCGACUCGAUAUCUAAAUGCAGCGUUCGCCAUUAAGGUGAUUAUUAAUUCAAACUACUCCGAGAGAGAACGCCCGACAACUUCACCUUUAGCGCCGUAUCGACCAUCGGUCGGAGAAUCCCACAAGUUUUGUUUUCCGUCCUGCGAGUCCAAUCCUGGAUAUUGCUAAUGCACAUGAGGUAUUGAUGGGCAGAUUACAGCAAUAUCAACAUGCCGAGCCCCUAAAUGAGUAAAGUGCAGGACUAAUGAGAAGUUAUACCAGAUGUGUGGUAAAGUGGGAGUUGCUCUUUUAAUUUUUAAUUCUGGAGUGUUUUGAGAACACUUUUCUGUAAUAUCACAGCCUCGGGCUGAAAAGACUUAAUCGCAUCAAAAUGGAUUUUUUUUUUCUUGAUGUGUGUUUUUGAAAUGUUAAGUUAAUGUAGAAUGAUGAUGGAACAAAUGACAGAUGAAAUGACAAAGUUGAAAGUCCUUAAAAGGUUUGAUGUGCAUGUAUUAUCUGAAAAACCCCUGCUAAAUUUGUACAUAGGUAAAAAACAAGAAAUGCUCAAAAGUCAGAAACACUGACUUGUGACACAGCAAAACAAUUGCCAUGGCGUUGGCCUUGCCCAGCAAUAUAGCUGCAGUGAUAGGGCAUGUAAAUGGUUUGUAUAAUUUGAAAACUAACCUCGUCUUUGUACAAAAAACACUUGACAAGAUGUAGCAGAAUUUUUCUGUUUGUCAGUUUUGUUGUCGACAUUGAGAAUCUAUCCUUGUCUUUAUACGAAAACACUUAACAAGAUGUAGCUGAAUUUUGCUGUUUGCCAGUUUUGUUGUUGUCCUCCACCCAGUAUGUUUUUAUUUUUUGGUUGGUGUGUUUUAAAAGGAAUGCAUUUUCCAAACUGGCCAAGCAAAAAUCAUGGGUUCUGCAAAACGGGUAAUUAAAUUUGUCUGGCCUUAGCACUUUUCCGAUUCAUCAAGUCACGUCAGUAAUCCUGUUUGCUGACGUUCCUCGGCGCUGCUGCCUCAAUAAAAAGCCGGCCUGCUGCCCAUCCUUAUAUCAGCAGCUGUGUUACGAUGAUGGUUUUGUCAGGAAUCAGUGAUAUACACUUACACUGUAAUGGCCAAAAUGCCUCAGAGCUAUGCUGCCACAGAUAGGGGAAUAUAAAGGAAAAAUGAGUAAUACUUCCCAACCCCCACAGAAGGGCAGGGAGAACAUCUUUAUUGUUAUUGUGGUGAUAAUGAUGAUACGUCGGGGCCGGGAUGGACUUGGCAGAAAUGAUAGCGUGGAAGUGAACCGUCCUGCUUAUCUUACAAUAACUGUUUUACACUCAAGGAGAGGAGGGAUCCCACUUUCCUACAGGGCCAUAAAACGUCAGAGCACUCUUCCUCUUACACCAGCGUAAGCCCUGCGUUUUACAGGCCGCAGAACGGACUGGUCGGUCUAGACAAAUUAAGAUGUGUUUUACUUUUAGGAGUCGACGUGAGAGAGACUGUUGUGUGGACAGUAUUAUGUGUGAACUGUGAAGAACAUAUGUUAUACUGAUGAUGAAAAUGUUGUAGAUAAUAAAGACAAUUCUUUUGCUA